AUGAGAGAUGCCGGUGCUAUUUUGGUGCCAGUCGUACUAUUUGUACUGCUGCAAACAGCUGUUCGUGGCGUUGACUGUGUGAAAGUUUCAUUCUAUGGUGCCAGUCAUAUUGCCAUGCCCAUGCAAGAGGCAAAGAGUUCUACCAAUAUUCGCCUGAGAUUUCGCACAAUGCUGCCCGAUUGCUUCAUCUUCCUGGCAGCCGGGCGAACUGACUAUGCCCUGAUUAAUCUCGAGGCGGGAAGGAUAAAGUUCAUCUUCAAAAUUGAAGACUUUACCACGGAACUCUGGUCACCCAGGAACAUCCUCUUCAAUGAUCUCAAUUGGCACGAAAUUGCAAUUCAGCGCUAUGAUUCCAAUAUAACGAUGCAAGUGGAUGAACAUUUUAAUCGGAAAACCGUUCCAUCGCGAAUUGGCGAACUCAACAUACAUUUUGGCGUCUUUCUCGGUGGAGUCGGGGACUUCUCUCAAGCAUACUUAAGCACCGUGGACAAUUUCCGUGGAUGCAUGUCUGAUAUGUACUACAACAACAUCAAUGUGUUCAAGCGUGCUAAAGAACGGACAUCCCAUGUUGCAAGUGUUCGGGUAUCUUGGGCUUGUGCUGCAGAAUUUGAUGCUGAUCAUCAGCAAAGUGUCAGUUUUAUUGAAGAUGAUUCCUUUAUGGUUCUGGGAAAGACUACAAUGUAUUCUGGAGAUACGUGGAACUUGGAAUUCCGAACAAUUGAAAUGAUUUCUAGUGUCUUGUACAACGUUGGAAAUAUGGAUUUUAUAUCCCUGGAAAUUGUUGAUGCAAAGCUCAGACUUUUAGUGGGAAAAGGAUCAAAUGCUGUCGAACUAAUCCCUGAUAGAAAUGUCUCGGAUGGAAAGUGGCACAAUGUGUCGAUCCUGUACAGCCCUAUGAUUGUGGAGAUUGUGGUGGAUGAUGUGAAGAAUACUGCAAGUUUUGCAAAUGGAAGUAGUCAAGUGAUUGAGUUGAAUGAACAGUUCUUUAUUGGCGGAUUAGACUACAAUUUCAGAAAGAGGGCUACUAUGAAGGGAUGUAGAGCUGCUGAAAGUAGCUUUAGAGGAUGCAUGAAGAACAUCUUGGUGAAUCGUCAACUGGUUGGCUUUCCCGAUAUGAAGAUAACACAGGGAGUGACUGUGGACUGUGUCUGGAGGUAUCCCUGCAUAGAAAGACAGCCUUGCAUAAUUGGUAGUAUAUGCCAACCAUAUGGGAUUGAUGAAUUUAUCUGUCACUGCAAUCAAGCUUUUUGCAUUAAAGCGGACUUCCUGGAGAGAUAUAAGAUCUUCUCCAGGAUAGAUCUUCCCAUAGACAUUGAAAUCUUAGCCAUAUCGCCUAUGCAAAUGAUGGAAGGUGACAGUGUAUUCCUUUCCCCGGCAUAUAUCGAUGUCCUCUUUGACUACUCAAAGAUUGGACUAAUGGAAGCUGGAGUUAUCUUCCAUAUCGUUCAGCCGCCCAAGCAUGGAACCAUUGCUAUUGCUCCUUUUACUACGGAUAGCAAUGAAACUCAGAGCAAACUCUUCUCACUCAUGGACUUGAGUACAGAUAAGGUGAAGUAUACACAUAACGGAAACGAACAUUUCAUAGACCAUAUCACUAUGGAUAUGCAACUGGUGUCAACCAAUCGAGAAUCCGUUCCGGAUUACAUUCAAGGGAAGCAUAGAUUUGUUUUACACGUAAACAUAACUCCUGUUAACGAUGCACCAUCGCUAUACAUUCCGCACAAUAGAAUGCUAAGACUUACCCAAGGAAUACCCAAGGUAAUUGGAUCGGAUUUGCUUCUAGCAACCGAUCCUGAUAGUCCUGAUAGUUCGUUGAUUUAUACCUUUCUACCAUCUCCAUAUCCAAACCGGAUUUCUGGAAAGUUAGAAGUAGCAGGAAAACCGGUAUCAACGUUCUCACAAUCGGAUAUUAAUCAAGGACAUGUUACCUAUGUUAUAGAAUCGGAUACCCCCGAGGAUACUUCAAUGGAAAUUUCUAUCCAAGUCUCAGAUGGGAUGGAGACCAGCCCUACGGUAAUGUUGAAAGUCUCAGUUCUACCUUUACAACUUCGAAUGAUUAACAACACCGGCCUUAUUCUGGUUCACAAAUCAUUUGCUUUUAUCACUCCUUGGAACCUAUCCUUUGUCUCAAACUCAGAUGAUGAUCAACUAGAUGUUAAGUUUGAUGUCGUAAGGCCACCACAGUAUGGGAGUAUCCAGAAGCUAAGGAGUGUGGAUAGCUCCUGGAUAACUGUGGAUUCUUUUACCAGUAACCAAAUGCUUCUUGGACAAAUACGAUAUCUGCAUACAACAGAUUUUCCUCAACAUGACGAUUUCAAGUUCACAGUUUCCCUUGCUCCGAUAACUAUGCCUAAAUCUUACGACUUUCGAAUAACGUUCACGAAACUGAAGAUUGGGAUACAGCGUCAAGCAAACUUGUACAUCAAUGGAAGUGGAGAUGUUGCGAUUAAAAGUGAUAAUCUCUACCAUCAGACUCUUCCUUUGCCAACAUUUGCCAGAAACAUAAUCUACAUUGUGUUGAAGCCUCCCAAAUACGGAAUUAUUUACGUUGAUGGAUAUCCUCAAGCUGCCAAAGAAAUGGAUUCAUUCACUCAGCAAGAUAUUGAUAAAAAUGUUAUGAGGUACAGAACCUUCCUGGCUUCAUAUUCAAGUUUUGUGGAUGUCUUUGAAUUUGCUGUUUCAGUUCCGGAAUGUGAGGAUAUUUUUGGGAGAAUGAAUAUUGUGUACAAUCCUACGGAGAACCUAUCGAAGUCCCUGAUGUACCAGACUAAAGAAAAGAUCGUGGUGAAUGAGGGAAGAGCUGCUCUACUGACUGCAAAUCAUUUUGAAGUGGUCUUUGAUCAUUUCAAAGAACUCACAUUUAAUGUUUCUCAUCCUCCGAAACACGGUUCAAUAUGCAAUUAUGACGAAACUAAUAUCAAGAUUAACGUUAUGGAAUCCUUCACCUUCGAUGAGAUCCUCUCCAGAAAUAUUUACUACUGCCAUGAUGAUUCUGAAUCCAGAGAGGAUAAUUUUAGCAUCCUCGUCCUCUCUGACCCUGAAUCAAAUUUUCAAUUUGUCUGUGAAGUAGAUGUUGAAAUAAAAUUGGUCAAUGACAAUGAACCCUACAAUGCCCAUCACAAAGUGUUCUACAUCGUUAGAGAAGAAAGUAAGACACUGUCUCGCAGUGAUCUCGAAUAUGAGGAUCAUGAUCUCGAAACAGGUGCACAAAACAUAUUUUAUUCCCAAGUCACCGUGCCAAAUGGUGUGAUGUAUAAGGAGGGUGUCGAGACGACUUUCUUCACACAGGAAGACAUCAACGAUCGUCGGAUUAUGAUCAAACAUCACGGAGCAGAAUACGGAAAGAUCACUUUUAUCGUGUCAGAUGGGGUAUUUGAAGUACCAGGAUUUCUGGAGAUUCAAGCUUCUGAGCCAUUUCUCAAAGUUCGUGACUCAAAUGCUUCAGUAGUGCAAGAGGGAAGGUUUAUCACGAUCACCCAUGAAGAUCUCUCAAUUGAGACCAAUUUGAAUGCUGAACCUGAUGAAAUUGAGUACAAGAUCACAGAUGGACCAAAUUACGGAAGCAUUAUGGCUCUAAAAAGAAAAUUAAAUGCUACAAUUCUCCCUAGGAAUCUCAAUGUGACAUCAAUUAAGAAUUUCACUCAAGAAAAUGUUAAUCAGGAGAAGAUCAUAUACUGGAACACUGAAGUGGCUUCCAUGGAUAAAAUUAGGUAUCGAGUUGCUGCCAAAGGUAUUUGGACAGAAGGUGAAUUGCUGGUGAGGAUUUAUCCAGCUGCUUAUUGGGAGCUCCUUCAGAUCCGGAGGAAUCAAACACUAUUUGUCGAGGAGUCAACAAGUGUGAUCAUCUCAAGAGACAUUCUGGAAAUUGUCCAUCCGAAGAUUUCUCCAGGGGAUAUUACCUAUCUCGUGACCACUUCUCCUCAGCAUGGAUACUUGGAGAUCCAAUCCAUCACCUUGGAUGAUGAAUACAACAGCAAAGUCUUUGAUCAGAGUACAAUAAAUGCUGAGAAGAUGUUCUACAUUCAAGCAGGAGUCAAUCAAUCUUCUGAUUUCUUUGUAUUCGACGUGACAAAUGGUAUCACUUGGCUGAGGGAUCUCAAGCUCAAAAUCAUCAUCAUCCCUGAGAAUCUGUACAUAUCAACAAGAACAAUUCUCGUGGAGGAAGGAGGAUCAGUUGCCCUAUCUCCAGACGACAUGAUACCCUUCUCAGAAUUCUACUAUGGAAAAAUCUUAGAAUACAAGAUCCUCCAGCAGCCCCAAUUUGGCAAUAUCAAGUCCGGAAAAUCCUCAAAAGUCAAUAGAUUCACCCAAAAGCAACUGGAAGCUGGUAUUAUCAUGUACUAUCACAAUGGAAGUGAAAAUUCAUCAGAUACAAUCCUUCUGAUUGCUGUGGCGAGGAACAAGGAGAGCGUUCCCUUCUACCUCCACGUGGCAAUUCUCCCAGUUAACGAUGAGAUCCCACAAGUAGUCACGAAUACAGGACUUCAAAUGUGGACAGGUGGCCGAAGCCCAAUACGCCGGACUGAUCUCAUGGCUCAGGACUACGAUACACCAGCUGAUGAUUUAACAUUUGUGGUGGAUGAAGUUGUGGGAGGCGUUUUGACUCUGGACGAUGCCCGUGUAUCCCAAAAAGUCAUUGGGAAUUUUACUCAAAGACAAAUUGAUGAUACCAAUGUCUUCUUCGCGCACAACAGCUCCUUCUCAAGUGGCCAAUUGACUUUCUUCGUCACGGAUGGCGUUCAUAAUACCUCCAGGCAAACCCUUUACAUCACAGUGAAUCCUGUGUCUCUGGUCCAAGUGAGAAAUGAGCAUCUGCACGUUUUCCCACUCACGAGAAAGCAAAUUCUCCCUGAACAGCUGCAUUUCAAGUGUUCUGAUGAGGAGAGAGCUGUGAGAUAUGUUGUGACAAUUCCCCCUCAGCUCGGAAGAAUCCUCUAUGAAUACUCGGAAAAUGGGAUGGCCACUGAAGUAUCAGAGUUCACACAGAGUGAUGUGAGGGCUGGAAAGAUUCUCUAUGAGCACACUCAUACAAUGCUUGAACUAAAAACUAAUGAUUCCUUCUACUUCGACGUGAUCUCUAGCCAUGCUAAUAGCCUGAUUGAUCAAAUUUUCCAAAUUGAUAUCUCUGUAUCUUCUGGGGGUUUACUCAGGUUCCUCCCGGUACCUAGAAUAAGUCUCGAUGAGGGAGAACUAGCUCCAAUUAAGCUUGAUCUUUCAAAGGUAUUGGAGUACCUUGAAACAAGGGCGGGGAUCCAUGAUCCUGAACUCUACAUUGAACCCUUUAUUCCAAACCAUGGAAUUGUGGAGAUAAUCGAUGGGAAGAUGAAUGCCACCAAUAAUCGUCUUACCUUACAAGAUUUCAAUAACAACCGGGUUUAUUAUAAACAUGAUCAUUCGGAUACGGUUGAAGAUCGCCUACUAAUGUCAGUCUAUCUACUCCAGGGUCAUAUAUUCCUCUGCAAUCUUACAAUUCCGAUUAUAAUUAAUCCAAUUAAUGAUCAACCCUUCCAGUUGAUCACGCAAUCUCCUCAUAUUUCCGUAGUUGAAGGAGAAAACAAGACAAUUACCCGAUCAGAAUUACUAACUGAAGAUGCAGAUACUCCAUCUUCGGAGAUCAUCUAUGACAUCAUCAGUGGACCGACUGUAGGCCUGCUGUAUAAGGUUUCCGAUGAAGGAAUAGCUCAGGACAUCAUCGCGUAUGGCAAUCAGUUCAGCCAAUUUGACAUUGAUGAAGGAAAAGUGAUCUAUAUUCAUUCAGGCAAGGCUCAGUCCACAACAUUUUACUUCAAAGUUUCAGACGGAGAGUUUAAACCUGCCUACGAAAUCUUCAAUAUUAACAUACUGCCGAUAACCAUAACAGCAGGUUUUCAGAAUGACGCCAUUCUUGUUCCACAAGGCAUUUCUGCUGCGCUGAUAGAACAAAGGCAUCUGUAUAUUGAAACCAAUGUUCAUAAAACCAGGCUGAUGUAUAACAUAACAAUGACUCCUACAGCAGGCCUUAUCUUACGCAAUGAGAAACCUGUGCUACGUUUUAGUCAGAUGCAAUUGGUCGAACAUGAGAUCUCCUACAUGCAAACGGAUCUAUCUAGGUCCAAUGACACAUUCCAAGUCACAGCCUACAUCUCCGAUACGAACUACGGAGGUGUGAUUACGGUCAAGGUGAUCGUUCAUCCUUUUAUCGCACUCAAUGCUAUAACAGUUACUGCGGGAGAUAAAAUCCGUUUGAGUACAUCAGCCAUGUCUCAUCAUUCAUCGAACUUAAAUCUAAACCGAUACAACCCAAAAUAUACCCUAACAUCAAGGGCCAAGCAUGGGAAGCUAAAGAAGAUUACUCGAACUACGGGAGAUGGAGAUUCCUAUAAAGAUAAGGAUAUUACAUCUUUUACUUAUAAAGAGUUGAAAAGUGGAGUUAUCUACUUCGUUUCCAAGAAACUCCCAGAUGAAGAUCUAUACACGAUCAGCGAUAGUUUCGACUAUGUCCUUCAAAUAAAAUCCGUUCAACCGGCUCAAGGAACCGUAGCAAUCACGAUCAAUUCUCACGAUCUUGCCACGGAAGAGAAUGGAAUUAUGGUUGCAGAUAGCAGUCUACCGAUCAACUACGUUCUUAUAGUCUGCAUUGUUGCAGCUAUUGUUAUUCUAUCCUUGAUAUUAGUUGUCAUCAUCAAGUGCCGCGCGACCAGUAGAGCUGCUAAAAACGCCAAAAAAGACUACCCACCAUCCCUACCUCGUCCUCCUGAUUUCCUUCCUUACGGAGUACGUGUCAAUACAUCCUCAGAUCCUGAAUCCAUCCCCGCUACGGCAGCUUCAACACCCCUCCCUGGGCUCAGUAAUGUACCCCAGUGUAAGGUGAUCCCUAUUGGAUUUGACCCCAAUGACUUCCAAGACUCUGAAUCUGAUAUGGCCGAUCUCAAUCUUCCUGAUCCUCAGCAUAGUAUACGCUAUCCCUAUGGAGAUGACAACGAAAACUGGUGUCCCAGCUAUGAUGUUUGCAACGACAUCAACUACUCCUCAAUCGCUCAACCUCAACAACCGCAAACGCCCCAAGGAACCAACCCUCUCCUAAGGCGGAAUCAGUACUGGGUUUAGCUUCUAAAAUUUAGACUUUUAUUGUAGGUCUCAUAUAGUUUUUUUUAUUGGAGUGCAACCCCAAUUUUUUCAGCAUUUUUCUACUGAUAGAUAAUUACACAAUUUGUAACCAAAUGGUACGCAGUAGCACAAUUUUGUACUAUUAAAAUUAUUAGGUCAAUUUGGUUGACCUUUAAAAGUACUUAUUGCCAAAAAAUAAAUUGCCAAAUAAAGUUUUACUUAAUACUCAAAAUUAGGAGUAAGUACCUAAUUUAACGACUAAUUUAUUUAACUUAUAUAGAUCUUUCUAAGUAGAACUCCAUGUUUAACAUUACAAAACUUAAACUUAUUUUUGAAUAAACCUAGUUUUUAAUUAAUUUAGUAAUAUGCUGCUGUAGCAAAAAUUGACAAAAGUUCUAUAUUUUUUACUGCCUUGCUUUUAAAAAAAUUUGCUGAAUAAAAUUUUUGAGAUCAGAAUAGUAAUAUUUUGUUUUUAAAAUAAAUAAAUAAUAAAAGAAAAACAAAAUAUUUAUAACUUUUGAUAAGAAAUUAUAGAAAACCAGAUGGAAAACUUUCCUUUUCGUAAAAAAAAACUAUCUUGACGGUCUUGGUCUUAUCUAGAAGAUUGAAUUAAAAAUCUUCAAUAAACAUUUGUGGAAACCCUAUUAUUUUGAUAAACAUAAUAAUAAAAUUGUUUAUUAAAAAAUACACUUCCAAAAUAUUUUGAACAAGGGGGAGAUAUUAGGGUGAAAAUGUGUACACCACUUCCAAGCACUUCCACGACUUUGGAAGAGGCCUUCGUACUUCCAAAACUUCCCAACACUCUCGAAAAUGUGGCAAUACUUCCAGCACUUCAUGCACUUCUUAUACUUUUAAAUAAAUAAUUUAUUUAAUAUGAUGAAAAAUCUAAUAAUAAAAAUUCUUAAAAAAUCUCAAGAAAAUUAUUUUUACGCAUAUUUUUUAAUAUUUUGGUUAUAAUUUUGAAUUUGUAGCGCCAGAUAUUCUUGCAUAUUUUCAAUAUUUUAAUAUUAUCUGCGUUUUACGAAGGGGGCAUCAACAUAUUUUGAAUUUUACUAAGAGACCAGUGAAGCUACUUUUGGAAAAAUACGUAUUGUCGUUUGUAAUUAUUGAAACUGUGCUGGAAAGUCUGUAAGAGUUCAAAAAUACUAGUGCAACAACUAAUUCAGCACAUCAGACGUAUCUUCACCUUUUAUUGAGCUUGAUUUUCUCUCUGGUUUCAAAAUCCUUUAAAAUUAAAACAAUUUG